UCUUCCCCCGUCCAUCCUGCUCCAUGUGCGGCCAACUCCAUGGGAUGGGAGUAUAUAGACAGAGGCAGCUUCCUUGACUCUCCCCACACCAAGCUCACAUCGAUCGUCUCCUCGACUAGUGAUCAGGAACUCAUCGAAGAUUAAUGGAUGACUCCAUGGAGCUGUCAUGGGGCGCGCGGUGCGCGGGACUGGCCUUCUUCAGCCUGUCCAUCUUCUCGGUGGCGCUCGCCGCGGUGCUCCUGCUCGUCCGCCGGUGGCCCAACCCCUGGUGCGGCUGUCACGUGUGCCGGGCUUACCUCACGGGGUCGUGGGCCAAGGACUUCACCAACCUCGCCGACUGGUACGCGCAUCUGCUGCGCGAGUCGCCGACGGGCACCGUCCAAUUCCACGUCCUCGGCUGCACCGUCACCGCCAACCCGGCCAACGUCGAGUACAUGCUCAAGACCCGCUUCGACAACUUCCCCAAGGGCAAGCGCUUCGCCGCGCUCCUCGGCGACCUCCUCGGCGCCGGCAUCUUCAACGUCGACGGCGACGCCUGGCGCCACCAGCGCAAGAUGGCCAGCCUCCAGCUCGGCAGCGUCACCGUGCGCUCCUACGCCUACAAGAUCGUCGCCCAGGAGGUGGAGGCCCGCCUCCUGCCGGUCCUGGCCGACGCCGCCGACAAGGGCAAGGUGGUCGACCUCCAGGACGUGUUCCGGCGGUUCGCCUUCGACACCGUCUGCAAGAUCUCUUUCGGGCUCGAUCCGGGCUGCCUCGACCUCGACAUGCCCAUGUCCGACCUAGCCAAUGCGUUUGACACCGCCUCGCGGCACUGCGCCAUGCGGGGCGCCGCGGCCUCACCGUUGGUGUGGAAGAUGAAGCGGAUGCUCAACAUUGGGUCCGAAAGGGAGCUUAAGAAGGCCAUCAAGCUCGUCGACGACCUCGCGUCCGCCAUGAUUCUGCAGCGGCGGACUCUGGGUUUCGACAACACCCACGACCUCCUGUCCCGCUUCAUGGCCUCGGACGUCGCCAUGGACGACAAGUAUCUCCGCGACAUCGUGGUUAGCUUCCUCCUCGCCGGGCGGGAUACGGUUGCCUCGGCGCUUACAACGCUCUUCAUCCACUUGCACAAGAACCCUGAGGUCGCGGCCGCCAUUCGCGCGGAGGCCGGCAGCGACAGGCCAUCCACCUACGAGCACCUGAUGAGCCUGCAGUAUACCCACGCGGUGCUGUUCGAGAACAUGCGGCUGUUCCCGCCGGUGCAGUUCGACUCCAAGUUCUGCGCUGCCGCGGACGUGCUCCCGGACGGCACCUACGUGGAGGCUGAGUCACGCGUGAUGUACCACCCGUACGCCAUGGGACGCAUGCCCAGCAUCUGGGGCGCCGACUACGAGGCGUUCCGCCCCGACCGGUGGCUCACUGGACCUGGCGGCUCGUUCGCGCCGGCGAACCUGUACAAGUACCCGGUGUUCCAGGCCGGCCUCCGUGUGUGCCUCGGCAAGGAGCUCGCCAUAACUGAGAUGAAGGCGGUCGGCGUGGCCGUGAUGAAGGCGUUCGACGUGGAGGUGGUUGGAGAGCAUGGCCGUAGUGGCUGGGCGCCGACGUUUGUGCCGGGGCUCACGGCGUCCAUCAGCGGCGGCCUCCCAGUGAGGAUCAUCAAACGCACUUUGACUCCGAAUUCAGGAUUCACAUAAUAUACAUGAUCUUUUGGUUAAAGAGGUCCAAAUUGAUAUGAGCACUUUAUUUGAAGGGAUCUAAGGGCAUCUCCAAUAUUCACUCGCAAAUUUGAUCCCGCAUCAUUCCGUGGACGGAGAGACUAGUCCACGGACACUGAUGCCGGAGGCCAUCAUUCAACGAUGUCCACAUACAUUUCAACCAGUGUUAGAAUUAAGCGGACGAAAUUUAUGUAAACCGGCCGGGAUUUCAUAAAUCAAAAAAGAUUCAUGCAAACACAACGUAUUUUUAUUACAUUUCAGACAUUUAGAAGAAGAAAAGCCGUUCCAACCCUAAACCAAUCUUAUGGCGGUGGUCGGCGUCCAAGCCCUUGUUGUUCCCUUCCUGGGACCGCCUCCUCCAUCCGUUGUCUCCAUGAGCACCGGCCAUAUAUAAGACCGAUGAAGUGAAGCUCCGGUAUCCCGCGAGGAAGAGUAGAACAUGGAAUACAGAACGAACCACGUGGGACACAAGGCCCAGACGCCUCUCAUGCCCUACUUGUUCUCGAAGGAGACUGCACCUUGCCCGUCGCUGGUGGAUGUGAGGUCCACAAUGAAAUUGCGGCGCCGGUGCUGUAGUUGUCCCACCGGGUCGCCUGGAAGUUUGUCGUUGAUA